AUGACCUCCAACACACACACCCUCGUGCGCGACAAGUACGCCGCCGCCGCCACCGUGUCCGUCGGCGGCAAGGCGUCGUGCUGCGGCUCGAAGGCGACCAUCCUGGACGGCGUCGACCCGAUCACCAAGGACCUUUACAACGCCUCCGAGGCGGCCGAGGUGCCCGAAGACGCGCUGCUCGCGUCCUUUGGCUGCGGGAACCCGACUGCGCUCGCCAAGCUCGAGGCGGGGCAGGUCGUGCUCGACCUCGGCUCGGGGGGCGGCAUCGACGUCCUCCUCUCCGCUAAGCGCGUCGGGCCGAGCGGCAAGGCCUACGGGCUGGACAUGACGCCCGAGAUGGUCGCUCUCGCGCGCAAGAACGCCGCGACCGCCGGCGCGACCAACGUCGAGUUCCUCCUCGGCACGAUCGAGGCCAUCCCGCUGCCGGACAACAGCGUCGACGUCAUCAUCUCCAACUGCGUCAUCAACCUCCCGCCCGACAAGGACGCCGUGCUCGCCGAGGCGUUCCGUGUCCUCAAGCCCGGGGGACGGUUCGCAGUCAGCGACAUUGUGCUUGCGCGCGCGCUGCCCGACGGCCUGCGCCGCAACAUCGAGCUCUGGGCCGGGUGUAUUGCCGGCGCGCUGAUCCACGGCGACUACGAGGCCAAGCUGGCCAAGGCGGGCUUCGAGGGCGUCGAUAUCGAGCCCACGCGCGUGUACUCGUCUGACGACGCGGGCGAGUUCGCGACUGCCGGCGCGGCGAGCGACGAGGACAAGAAGGCCCAGCUUGAGGCACUUGACGGGGCGGUGUACUCUGCGUUUAUUCGCGGCACUAAGCCCCUGUAA